ACCCGAGGUACCACUGUAUAGGCAUUUGGCCCAUAGCCUGAUCUGAUGGAGUUUUCCUUAUGGGCUUAAAUGGGUUCCUCCUUUCGCUUUCCCCCCAGGGCCAAGGGCUGCAUAUGCUUCCCCACCAAAUUAUCCUCUUAUUUCAGUGUACAGCUUUUAAGUGCAUUGCACUUCUCCUGCGGGCCGCACUCCGAAUGCUGAUAAAAAAUCUUCCUCACGCCAAUUCUAAAAUGUGACUUCUUGGAACUGCUGUGGUUUUGUGCAGGGAGAUCAUUUGGGUUACCUGGAAGCAGGUGGCAAAACAGUUCCAGAAAGGAUAGGUCUUGUAGUAGGUGGAUCUUGCCCACUGGAUAAGUUGCUGCUUUGUUUUUAUAUUUUCUUGUAUGUUCUGGGGUGGGGGUCCUAAUGUUUUUAUAGUUGACAUUGGAUAAACAUAGUUUAGCAUUGCAAUAUACGAGUUCUUGCUCCCCCACAAUCUGAAUUGUAAGCAGGGUGUUUGUAUCUGCAACUUUCUGUUUCUUUUUUUCUUUGCUGGAGUCUGCCCUUAAAAGCACCUCAUCUUGCUCUCUAGGCCUUUCAGGGGCACAGGUCUGAGUCUGCAAUCUGUAUUGAUGUAUCAGAUGUUAGUAGCUAGACCCCUGAAAUAUGGCACUUGAGUACGCUUAUUUCUGUAUAAGGUACUAUCCCUUCUCUGUAGCUUGUUUAAUUGUCCAUAGUACCUUAUGGUCCAGCCUGAGUCAUUAGGGCAUGUCAUUUUAGGAGAUGAAACUUACGUUUUGCAAAUUUCUUUAGUGAGGAGUCUUAAAAAUAAGUUUUUGGGUGCAAGGAAUUUAAAUCUAUUAUUUUUGUGAUUGGACAACAUUUAAAUUACUUUUUGAAAAAUUUAUCUUCUGAAAAUGUCAAGUAAUAUAACUGCAAGUACUUGACAAUCAUUUUUAAUGAUUUCUAUACAAUUUUGCACACAUACUACUUUCCAAGCAAAACUAAAAUAUAUUAAUUUAACCAAAAUAUAUUUUGUGUUUCCAAGUCCUUGCAGCUUUUUAGCACCCCUCAGUUUUUGAAUUUGAAUGUUGAAAAAUUAAACACGCCCUCCUGAGGCAUGCCCAAUAAGUUUGGUUUGCUUUGAACAGUCAGUGAUAUCAAGAAUAAUGUUUCUUAAUAGCUUUAUUGCUCCAUACUUAAUCCUUAGUGGUAAUCUUUGAUGGAAACCCUUGGGAACUCUGUAAUUAUAAGCUGGAGGUGAAUGAAAUUUGAAUAUGUGACAGUAUGUUAGUAAUUAAUGUGGUAUUUCUGCAGAUUGUUCUUAAAUUAUCUGUUUUGUCAGUAAAUACAAACUUUGGUUGGAAAGUUUGUUUUGCUUUAAAGUUGCACUGGUAACCCUUGAUGGGUGACUGGAGGUGAGAAAAAAGUUUAUUUGGCUUAUCUUUGACAACAGAAAUAACUUUCCCAUAUAAUCCCAUUCUAAAGUUACCGCCAAGAAUGUGCAUAGGAUUGCAACCAUUGUUCAUUAGAGGUCAUUGGGAGGCCUCUGUUGCAUGUUUCGUAUUAGAAAAUAUGUAUGCAUUAUCAUAUUAAGUAAACUUUCCAUUGUGGAAGUUGUGCUGUGGUGUAAAACUCACAUUUUCUCCAAGUUUAUUUUGGAAAAUUCUGUAAAACUGUCUUUCCUUAGCUGUUGUUCUUACUUAAAUUAAGGCGCAACUAACAUGACUUCUUGGCAACACUCUACUGGCAUGCAUUUUAGAUGUAUAAUCAUGAAUGAUUGUGGGUGGCUCUGGACAUGGCUUUAAAAAAAUAAAAAUAAAGCAACAUUUUCCUGGCAGGUCUGUCAUACAAUGUAAAGGGUGUAUGAUGAGGUAGAACACCCAGGACAUACAUAAGGAUGUCAGUUGUGUUUUAUAAAAAUUCACCAUUGCGUGUUCUGUUUGGGAUAUUCUUUUAAUACUCUAGCUCUUGCAGUGGGGCUUUUUCAAAGGCCUCCAGACUGAAGGAAAAAUUGAGAUUGGAUGGCAUUAAUCAAGCAUAUCCUAUUUUGGAGAGUUGUGUACUAGCAGCAUGGGAGUGACUACAAAUAGGGAGUCCCGACCCAGGACUUUGGCAUUCUGUUGACACAUCUGGGAGAGGGGAAAGGUUUUUUAUGUCCUGUUGAUCUCAGAGGAUUCAGAGCUAAGAGACGUAUCCUUUGACUGAGCAAAGUCAGCAGAACAUUUGGGCCAUGUGGCCCCACCUCAUUGCAUCCCAAUGGGCUGAAGCGAAUGAGACCUCUUUCGAACUUCCAGUAUUCAGCAAUCAUUAAUAGACUUCAGAAUGAUGAAAUGCAGGCUUCUUUAUCUGCUGCCUGUGUCCUGGGUUGUUAGGGAUUGUUCUGCAGUUCUGUCAUCCAAAGUUCCGCACCAAGGAAGGUGUUUGUUUUGUUUAAGAUUUUGCUAGAAUGGAAGAAUCUCACUUCAACUCCUCCCCAUAUUUUUGGCCAGCAGUGCCCACAGUCUCAGGACAGAUUGACAACAGUAUGUUCAUUAACAAGAUGAAGGAACAGCUCUUGCCCUCAGAGAAGGGCUGCGGUCUGGCUCCUGCCCACUAUCCCACCCUACUGACUGUACCCACCUCCGUGGCCCUUCCCACCAACAUUUCUAUGGAUUCUGACACCAAGCCAGAGCAGCUUACUCCACACAGUCAGGCUUCUGUGACGCAGAACAUCACUGUGGUGCCUGUGCAGUCUGCUGGGCUCAUGACAACAGGUCCUGGCCUGGUGAUCACUUCUCCAUCUGGGUCUCUGGUGACCACAGCCUCUUCCGUGCAAACCUUUCCCAUCUCUGCACCAAUGAUUGUCUCAGCGCUUCCCCCUGGCUCCCAGGCAACUCUCCAAGUCGUACCUGACCUUUCGAAGAAGGGGGCCACAGCUCUUUCAGAGGGUGGGGCAGCCGGUGGUGCUGGAGGUAUAACCCCCAAAGCUCCUCGUGGUCGGAAAAAGAAGCGGCUACAGGAAUCUGGCCUGCCAGAGAUGAGUGACCCUUUUGUGUUAUCAAAUGAGGAUGAUGAAGACCAGCACAAAGAUGGCAAGACAUACAGGAUCCCUGGGGAGCCUAGAACUUCAUGGUUUGCAGGAUGUGCUGGCUGCGUUAAUACUUGGUAUAGUUGUCAGAGCUUGGACUUCCCAGCUUCUGGUUUCGUUCAUGGAAAAGAUCACUUCAAGUGCCGGAUGUGUUCCCUGACCUUCUACUCCAAGUCGGAGAUGCAGAUCCACUCCAAAACCCACACCGAGGCAAAGCCGCACAAGUGCCCUCACUGCUCCAAGAGCUUCGCCAACAGCUCCUACCUGGCCCAGCACAUACGCAUCCACUCGGGCGCCAAGCCCUACACCUGCAGCUACUGCCAGAAGGCCUUCCGCCAGCUCUCCCACCUACAGCAGCACACACGGAUCCACUCCAAGCUCCACACGGCGAUUGUCAAGCCGCACAAGUGCCCUCACUGCUCCAAGAGCUUCGCCAACACGUCCUACCUGGCCCAGCACCUCCGCAUCCACUCGGGGGUCAAACCCUACACGUGCCGUUACUGCCAGAAGGCGUUCCGCCAGCUGUCCCACCUACAGCAGCACACACGGAUUCAUACUGGAGACCGGCCCUACAAAUGUGCUCACCCUGGGUGCGAAAAGGCUUUCACACAGCUCUCCAACCUGCAGUCCCACAGACGGCAGCACAACAAAGACAAACCAUUCAAGUGCCACAACUGCCACCGUGCGUACACGGACGGCACCUCUCUCGAGGUCCACCUGGCCACCCACACGGUCAAGCAUGCCAAGAUCUACAACUGCUCCAUGUGCAAUCGGGCUUACACCUCAGAGACAUACCUGAUGAAGCAUAUGCGGAAACACAAUAUCCCUGAUGCCCAGCAACAGGUGGCUGUGGUCCAAGCCCAGGUGCAGGCCCAGGUCCAAGCCCAAGUUCAAGCCCAGGUCCAGGCCCAAGUUCAAGCCCAGGUCCAGGCCCAAGCUCAGGCUCAGGCUCAAGCUCAAGCUCAGGCAUCGCAGCAGCAGCAGCAGCAGCAGCAGCACUUCCAGUCACAAGGUGGCGGGGCAGCCGGGGGCCCGUCUGGAGACAACCCUCCCAACCCGCCGCCCCAGUGUUCCUUUGACCUUUCCCCUUACAAGACUUCGGAACAUCACAAAGACAUCUGUCUCACGGUUAGCACCAGCGCCAUCCAGGUGGAACAUCUUUCCAGCUCCUAGAGACCUUGCUAGAGGGGAACGGGGAAAAAACUCCUUGCUCGUAAUCUGUGCCUGAGGGCAUUUCUGGUGUGGCGGCCUCCCCUCCUGCAGCAGCCUCUAGCCUCUUCUUCUACAGCUUCCCUUUGGGUGGGCGGGGGAAACGGGGGCUGUGUCCCCGUAGCGGCUGCCCCUUGGCUCAACCAUUCGUGCUUCGAGGCGCAACCACGGCACGUCCUAGACGGGAGGGGAAAGAGCCUGCUACUUGUGAAAGGGGGUCCUCGGCUUCAGGAAGCAUCUUUGGUUUGUCCAGGGAAAGCCCCCGUUUCUGUCACUUUACGAGACGAAAGGAGAACGCCCUUUGGUUGCCUAAGUGAGGUGAAGCUGUUUGAAGGAAGGGGCUGCAGCAGCGGUUGGCCGAUGGCGGGUGAACGAGGGCAAGGGAGCCUCUGGAAGCUUUCCCUUGGGUGGGGAGCGGAGAGCGCUUGCUCUUUUCGUCUCCCCUCCUUACAAAGGGGAGGAAGAAUGGCUGCUCCAGUUCUAGGUACCAAAUGUGCCCACCUUGCAGACGUGUAGGCAAAAAGGGGGUGUUGCAGAGGGUUUGACCUCUACCAGCCGAAUCACACGCCGUAGGUGGCUGGCGUUGAGGUUGCAAGCCUUGCUUUCCAACCAGAUGCAGAAGUAAUGGGGGGGGAGUCUCAGCCCCCGUUGCAACAAUAAGCCUGCUGCAAAUAAUAAGAUGAAAGUCUGAACCAAAACAAAAUAAGCAGCUGGUGGUGACAGUGCCAAAAUGAAGCCCGGUCCCUUCCCUCCGAGAGGAGGGGAGGUUGGGGGCUGGCGAGGCCAUCCUUCUGACUCCUUCCCCCCCCCCCAGGAUCACGGGCCGCACCCCCAAAAGGGAGACCUUUCUGAGGGGCCAUGGGGAAAAGGAACUGCUGAGCUGCUCCUUGCUGCAACAUCAUCCAAAUGCUUCCUUUGCUCUCUCGAUCACCAAGAAAAAACCGGAAGGAGGUGGCUGCGGUGGCAGCAGCACACAGACAGCAAAGCAGCGACUGAAUCUUGCAGAGGGUGGACAGUGGAGAAGAGGGGAGACGAUGGAAACAGCCGCUCACACAGAGAGAGAGACCAAUGAAAAAAGGGGGGGAACCCCAAGCAUAGACUCAAACUCCCAUUGAAUUUAAAUAUAUCUAUAUAUAUAUAAAUAUAUAUAUACAGAUAGAUAGAUAUAUCUAUUCACACCCCAGCCCCAUUUGGCCUGCUCUGUCCUUGCUGUAACUGUUUCUAUCUGUGUUUAUAAAACGCAUUAUCCUUG